AAGCCCCUUUCCCAGGUUACUCAGACCUCUGGCUCACCGUGGGCAUCCUAGAUGGAAGACCGUCAGGGCCCCCCUCCUCCAUCUUAAAGAGAGUUAAACUGACGCCCCGAGGUUCCUCUGCCCGCCCAAGAUCAGCCAGCAGAAUCAGCGACGUGGUCCUGCAUUCACUGUCCAGUGCGGUCCUUCCUCCGCCCGCGCCCGGGUUUCUUCGCGGAGCGCGCGUCGCCGCGUCGCCUUUAAAGCUCCUCCCCGCACCCCCAUCCGCCUCCCUCCUCCCCUUGCAGGCAGACGCCGGGAUUGCGCCGCCCGAAGGAACUGGCCCAGUCCUUCCUGCGUGUGCGGGGAGCGCAGUCCCGGCGCGUAGGGGCCGCUCGGCAGGGGCCGCACCGGCAAGAUGGUGUGUGCUCGGGCGGCCCUCGGUCCCGGCGCGCUCUGGGCAGCGGCCUGGGGAGUCCUGCUGCUCACGGCCCCCGCAGGGGCGCAGCGCGGACGCAAGAAGGUCGUGCACGUGCUGGAGGGUGAGUCUGGCUCGGUGGUGGUGCAGACGGCGCCUGGGCAGGUGGUCAGUCACAGGGGUGGCACCAUCGUCCUGCCCUGCCGCUACCACUAUGAGGCAGCUGCCCACGACCACGACGGCGUCCGUCUCAAGUGGACCAAGGUGGUGGACCCACUGGCCUUUGCUGACGUCUUCGUGGCCCUGGGCCCCCAGCACCGAGCAUUUGGCAGCUACCGUGGGCGUGCCGAGCUGCAGGGCGACGGACCUGGGGAUGCCUCCCUGGUUCUCCGAAACGUUACGCUGCAGGAUUAUGGGCGCUAUGAAUGCGAGGUCACCAAUGAGCUGGAGGAUGACACUGGCAUGGUCAAGCUAGACCUGGAAGGAGUUGUCUUCCCUUACCACCCCCGUGGAGGCCGCUACAAGCUGACCUUCACGGAAGCUCAGCGCGCCUGCGCUGAGCAGGACGGCAUCCUGGCGUCGGCAGAGCAGCUGCACGCGGCCUGGCGCGACGGCCUGGACUGGUGCAACGCAGGCUGGCUGCGCGACGGGUCCGUGCAGUACCCGGUGAGCCAGCCCCGAGAGCCCUGCGGCGGCCUGGGCGGAGCCGGGAGCGCCGGGACCGGCGGCGCCACCGCCUCCGGGGGGGUGCGCAACUAUGGCUACCGCCACAAUGCCGAAGAACGCUACGACGCCUUCUGCUUCACGUCCAACCUCCCGGGACGUGUGUUCUUCCUGAAGCCGCUGCGGCCUGUGCCCUUCUCGGGAGCAGCGCGUGCGUGCGCGGCGCGCGGCGCGGCCGUGGCCAAGGUGGGACAGCUGUUCGCUGCGUGGAAGCUGCAGCUGCUGGACCGCUGCACCGCGGGCUGGCUGGCCGACGGGAGCGCGCGCUAUCCCAUCGUGAAUCCGCGCGCGCGCUGCGGCGGCCGCCGGCCGGGCGUUCGCAGCCUGGGCUUCCCCGACGCCACGCGCCGGCUCUUUGGCGUCUACUGCUACCGUGCACCCGGCGCGCCGGACCCCGCACCCGGCGGCUGGGGCUGGGGCUGGGCCGGAGGCGGCGGCUGGGCCGGAGGCGCGCGCGACCCGGCCGCUUGGACCCCGCUGCGCGUCUAGGCCCUGGGCGCAGUUGGUUUGGGUGCUUGGCGGCUGGCCGAGUGCUCUGCGGUCUCUUGGAAACAGACCACGUGACUGGAGACUGGCCACGCCUCCUGCGGUACCCUGCAGGCUGACCAGGUCUUCUGGGGUCUUUGACCCCUGGCUGCCCUUCCUGGGGUCCUCAUAGACUGCCAGUUCCGGGAGACUGAUCAAGCCCCCACCUCUCCUGGACAGUGGAUCUCCCUCCUCCCUCGACUUCCCCAGGAGAUGGGCUAUGUCCCCUGAAGACCCCUGGAGGCCAAGAAACCUUGAGGUCUCCUGAAGAUUGGCCACGCCUCCCGAGGUUACUUGAAAACAGAACUACCCCCCACCCCUUCGCGGUCUCCUGGAGGCUGGACCCCCAGGAUUAUCUGGAGAGUGGCCUCAGGCCCUCUGCAUCUCCCUGGAGACUGAAGAAGACUGUUCCCUUAUGGUCAUCUGGACCCUGAACCCUCCUCCCCCUCACACGCAGAGAAACCUCGGAGUUCACCAGGUGAUCAUGCCCAGUGGUCACAUGGAAACUGGGCUUCUGUCCUCUACCCUGUGGUGACCUGGAAAUUGGGUAUUCCCAUUCUGCUGCCUUCCCCUGUGAAUCCCUUGAAGUUUGCCGAUUAACAGGCCAUGUUCCCAGGUCACCCUGAACACCCCCACCCUUCCAGUUUCAGGGGAGACAAACCUUGUCUGUCACCACUAAAACAGAAUGAUAUGCCCCAGCCGGCUCGCAUGACUGGUGGCCGUGCCCCAGCCCUCAGGUAUCUCUUUGGAGGGAGAAAACCCACUCCCAUCUAAUGGAUGGCCUCUUUCCCAACUGUCAACAAAGAGACCAUCCCCUGGGCCCAGGGAUCCAUAGGAUCCAUGUCACUCACUAUGGAGACGAGCUGUCCCACUUCCCAUUGUUACCAAGGUGACCAGCCCAACUUCUACCUGUAACCUAGUCAUACAGCCCUUCCCUCAUCAGUCACACCCAUGGAGCUAGUGCCUGCCUCCUCCAGCUGUAACCAUGGAUACCACACGUUUCCCAUCUCACCUCCGGGAUUCCAGAGAGCUACAACUCUACUUCUGAAUGUCCCCAUUCUUACCAACAGCCCUGAAAACCAUUUCCUCCCCCAACUGUCCUGAGAGUGACCCAACAUUCAGUUCUCCAG